AUGGCGACUGAACCAGGCUGGAACUCCGUGACGGGCGUCGCUACCAAGUUGCUCGAUGGCAACCUUGUCGCCAUCGCCAUCGCAGUGCUCGUCACCUUCGGUGUGCCGGUGCUGCUGCACGUCAUCUUCUACCGCAGCGCAGCCGCUCCGCCCUCGAGCAACUUCCUUCUGCUGGGGCCGAGCGGUGCUGGGAAAACAGCUUUCACAUCCUUGCUCGAGGCUAAAUCCUCUCCCGCCUCCAAAAAAUCCCACCUGACGCACACCUCCCAGUCCUCAACGCUGGUGACCGUCGGCCUUCCUCCGGAUGUUCCCACGGCCUCCAACCGCUAUCGAUCCGUCAACGACCCUUCUCUGAAAGAAACCUCAAGAAAUCCCGUCAGAUACCGUGUGCAAGAUACCCCCGGCCAUGGCAAGCUGCGCGCUUCCCAGGGAAUCUCCCAGCUGCAGGCCAUGUCCCACUCCAAUGAUGCCAAGAUAAAAUUACGAGGUGUGCUGUUCAUGGUCGAUACGGCAGCUCUCGUGGAUGAGGCAACGCUCCGGGACAGCGCCACCUAUUUGCAUGAUGUGCUCCUGGUUUUGCAGAAGCGAGCUCUGAGCAAGGGCAAGUCGUCCGCCAAGGUCGCUACGGAGGUUCCGGUGCUGGUGGCUGCCAACAAACAGGAUCUCUUUACUGCGCUCCCACCCGGCUCCGUGCGGGAGAAGUUGGAGGCGGAGAUUGAUCGGAUCCGCAAGUCGAAGACGAAGGGCCUUUUGGAUGCUAGUGCGGGCUCGGGCGUGGACACGGAAGAAGAUGAGGUUCUCGGGAAUGAUGGAGGUCUGGAGGUAUUCAGUUUUAAGCUGCUAGAGGAGGAAGUGGGUGUCAAGGUUGAUGUGGUCGGUGGAGCCGUCAAGGGUGACCCGAAUGAGGAAUUGGGAUCGGGCGUGCGCCGGUGGGAGGAGUGGGUUGGACUGUGUUUGUAG